AUGUCAAAUCAAAAUAAAAGAGUCUAUUUCGAUGUUCAAAUCGGUGAUGAAAAAGUCGGCAGAAUUGUAAUGGAGUUAUAUUAUGAUAAAACUCCAAAAACUGCAGAAAAUUUCAGAGCAUUAUGUACCGGUGAAAAAGGUAUUGGUAAGAGUGGUAAACCACUUUCAUAUAAAGGUUCAAAAUUCCAUAGAGUUAUCAGCAACUUUAUGAUUCAAGGUGGUGAUUUUACUGCAGGUAAUGGUACUGGUGGUGAAUCAAUUUAUGGUGAAAAAUUCGAAGAUGAAAAUUUUGAAAAUAAACAUGUUAGACCAGGUUUAUUAAGUAUGGCUAAUGCAGGUCCAGGUACUAAUGGAUCACAAUUUUUUAUUACAACUACUGAAACUCCACAUUUAGAUGGUAAACAUGUUGUUUUUGGUAGAGUUAUUAAAGGUAUGGGUGUCGUUAGACAAAUCGAAGAACAACCAACUGAAAGUGAUAAACCAUUACUUGAUUGUACCAUCAUUGAUUGUGGUGAAUUACAAGAGGGUCAAGAUGAUGGAGUACCAGCCAAAGCUGAUGGUGAUAGUUGGGAAGAUUUUCCACAAGAUGAAAAUGUUGAAGGUGGUGAUCAAGGAUUCCUCAAGGUUGGUGAAUCAAUUAAAAAUAUAGGUAACAAUUAUUUCAAAGAAGGUAAACUUAAUGAAGCUAUUGGUAAAUAUAAAAAGUCACUUAGAUAUUUAGAUUGUUGUAGUAAUAUCGAUGGUCUUAAACAAAUUCAAACCGUUUGUUACAAUAAUAUGGCACAAUGUUAUCUCAACCAAAAGAAAGGUUCAGAAGCUCUCGAAAAUUGUAAAAAAGCCUUAGAAAUUUCACCAAAUGAUCAAAAAGCUUUAUUCAGAAAGGCUAAAGCAAACACUUUGUUACAAGAAUAUGACGAAGCAACCAAAGAUUUAAAAGCUAUUGUUGAAAAAGAUCCACAAAACAAAGAUGCUUCAAACGAACUUUCAAGAGUAUUAAAAUUACAAAAAUCAAUUGACGACAAAGCUAAAAAAGCUUUCAGUAAAAUGUUUGAUGAUGAAGAAUAA